AUGACAGAGGACGAAGCGGGCAUCGCACUCGAGCACGCCGACAACGCGGCCGAGGGCCGGGACGCGAAUCCCAAGCACGCGUCGCUCGAUGCCGCCGCCAAGGGCCAGGGCGUGUCCGGCUACGAGACGCUGACGCCGUGGGAGACCAUGAAGGCCUUCAAGCUGUGCUCCGCCACCUGCCUCGCCGUUGCGUUCAGCGCCGCCACGGACGGAUACCAGAUCGGGCAGUUCGCGACCGAAACGACCGCCGCCGGCGAGCCCAACCUCGCCGCCCCGAUCCUCAGCGGCUGGAGCUCCAUCAUGUCCGUCGGUCAGAUCGUCGGCAUGACCACCGUCCCCUUCCUGUCGGACCGCCUCGGGCGCAAGGGCGCCAUGUACUGGUACUGGCUCGUGCUGUGCGCGAGCGUCCUCUGCGAGUGCGUCGCGCGCACCUGGCCCGUCUGGCUCGUCGCGAAGCUGCUCGCCGGCGUCGGCGUCGGGAGCCUGCAGUCCACCGUGCCGACCUACAUCGCCGAGGUCGCGCCCACGCGCAUCCGCGGCGGGCUGCUGCUCGCCUACAGCUUCUGGUUCGCCCUCGGCCAGUUCUUCGCCCCCGUGGCGCUGCAGGUCGUGUCCGGGUACGCGCCCGACGACUGGCUGACGCCCGUCUACACGCAGUGGGGCCAGGUCGGCCUCAUGGUCGUCGUCUACGCCCUCGUGCCCGAGUCGCCCGCCUGGUGCGUCACCCGCGGCAGGCUAGACGCCGCCAGGACGAGCCUGCGCAGGCUGUACCGCGACGUCGAGGGCUACGACGUCGAGCAGCAGCUGCAGCUUCUCGUCAUCGCCGUCGACCACGAGCUCGAGGUCGCGCGGGCGCGGGAGAACGUGCGGUGGCACGCCGUCUUCAGGGGCGUCGACGGCCGCCGCACCGUCACGGCGCUCUGGACCCUCAUGACGCAGCAGUUCGUCGGCCUGACGCUCUUCUCGACCUUUGCCUCGUACUUCUUCAAGCAGGCCGGCAUCCGGGACCCCUUCCAGGCGACGUGCAUCACCUCCGGCAUCAACAUCGCCUCGGGAGUGGUCUUCAUCCUGCUCGCCGACAGGGUCGGGCGGAGGUGGAUCUCGUGCUCGGGCACCACCCUGUCCUGGCUGGCGUGCGUGGCCAUCGGCGUCCUCGGGGUCGUGCCGAGACGCGGCCCGACGUCCGUGUUGCUCGUCCUGUUUGCCUGUCUCUGGAGUGAGUGUGUGUCUCUGUUCUCUGUUCUCUGGCGCGCGUGCAAAGACGCGUGCAAAAGGCGUUCGAUGCUGACGUGCGCGGCGGUAGACAUCGGCAUGACUGCCAACGGGGCGACUGGCUGGGGCUUCAUCGGCGAGAUCUCCUCCCAGAGGCUCCGGCCCUACACGGCCGGCUUCGGCGCCGCGUCGACGGCCUGCGCGGGCGUCGUCAUGAACGUGUUGACCCCCUACAUGGUCGACGGCAACCGCUGGAACUGGGAGCUCCGCACGGCCUUCUUCUACGUGGGGGUCGGCCUGCCCUUCGUCAUCGCCAUGUGGUUCCUGAUCCCCGAGACCAAGGGUCGGUCUGCCGCGGAGCUGGACGAGCUGUUCGAGCGCGGGGUCAAGCCCUGGAGGUUCCACAAGACCCAGACGGCGACCGAGCGGCUCGUCAACGCCAACCACGACGAGAACGAUGCAUAG